AACUGUGGUUGGUGAAAUUGGCCCUAAGGGCCAGUUCCACAAAUGUCGGUUACUCUUAACCUUAGGUUAACUUACUCUUCGUCUCUUUCUAAGGGGGACGUUAGAAAGAAACAAAGGAUAAGUUAACCUGAGGUUAAGAGUUAACCGACGUUUGUGGAACUGGCUCUAAGUUAAUCGGAGUUUAAUCGGAGUUUGGACGAAGUUCGAAGGUGGCCCUUUCGACUUGUCCGGUAGCGCAUGUUCGAAACUUCGAACACACCGACUUCCUGUCUACUGCUGCGCUCUGGUGCGGGCUCCGCGUUCCGCGACUGCUACGGUGGAAGUCAUGUUUAACACGUAGCCGGCGUUCGACGUGUCCUAGCCUUCGAGAGGUUUAGGAGUUUAAGUGUGUAGCGAGACAUUUGAUAAUUCGUCGCGCGCCGUUCACGACUCGCGCAACGUGUGUCGCGCGCGGGACCGCGGAGCAAGUUCUGAUGCACAUAUGGCGAACGCCACGUUGUGAGUAUCGAUAACGCGGAUAUAUAUACGGUGUCGUACGUCUAAUAAUCCACGCUCGUGGUGGACACGGGGCAACGGAAAAACAUGUUGCCGAACAAGUCGUCGUUGUCGCAACAGCAACAGCAGCAACAAUUGCCCCCGUCUUCUUCGUCAUCGUCCUCGUCCUCCAUGUCGUCGGCCAACGCGAAGGUCAUGUUCCCCGACAAAAGAUCGACGAUCAAGCAGAUGAAGUCCUCCACGCUGAUGAACAACGCCGGCUUCAGCUCCCUCAUCACCUUCACCGUUCUCCUGCUCGCCUGGAUCUCGGGCUUCGCCUCGAGGCUCUUCGCGGUCAUACGCUUCGAAAGCAUUAUACACGAAUUCGAUCCCUGGUUCAACUACAGAGCGACGGCAUAUAUGGUGCAGCAUGGAUUCUACAAUUUUUUAAAUUGGUUCGACGAACGGGCUUGGUAUCCAUUGGGCCGGAUUGUUGGCGGAACCGUCUAUCCUGGACUCAUGAUAACAUCUGGAUCGAUACACUACAUACUGCACUCUCUGAACAUACCAGUGCAUAUAAGAGACAUAUGUGUAUUCCUAGCUCCAAUUUUUAGUGGCCUUACUGCCAUAUCGACGUAUUUAUUAACGAAGGAAAUAUGGAGUGCCGGAGCUGGCUUGUUUGCCGCUUGUUUUAUCGCCAUCGUACCUGGCUACAUCUCGAGAUCCGUAGCCGGCAGUUACGACAACGAGGGAAUCGCGAUCUUUGCAUUGCAAAUUACUUACUAUCUUUGGGUUAAAUCAGUCAAGACCGGCUCGAUCUUCUGGGCGAGUGUAACUGCCCUGUCUUACUUUUACAUGGUAUCGGCAUGGGGAGGAUACGUGUUCAUUAUCAAUCUGAUUCCACUCCAUGUAUUUGCCUUACUGGUCCUGAAUCGCUUUAGCAAUCGGUUAUUCACCAGUUAUACCACGUUUUACGUUCUUGGACUUUUACUGAGUAUGCAAAUACCGUUCGUCGGUUUUCAGCCGAUUAGAACUUCCGAGCACAUGGCAGCGAGUGGUGUAUUCGGUCUUAUAAUCUUUGUAGCAGCGUUUAGAUACUUAAGAACUGUACUUACUAAGUCCGAGAUGAAAUAUUUCGGUGGUGUGGUGGCUGUAACAACUGCUAUGCUCCUAUUCAUUCUGAUCGUAUUAACGUACGCCGGCGUUGUCGCCCCCUGGAGCGGUAGAUUUUACUCAUUGUGGGAUACCGGUUAUGCCAAGAUACAUAUCCCUAUAAUAGCGUCUGUAUCGGAACAUCAACCGACAACUUGGUUCAGCUUUUUCUUUGAUCUGCAUGUUCUUGUCGCAUUGUUCCCGGUCGGUCUUUGGUACUGCAUUACACACGUCAAUGAUGAACGUGUCUUUGUCGUACUGUACGCCAUAAGUGCCGUUUAUUUCGCUGGUGUGAUGGUAAGGCUUAUGUUGACCUUGACUCCGGUGGUGUGUAUGCUGGCCGGUGUCGCUGUCAGCAGACUCGUGGAACUGUUCUUCAAAGAGGAGGACAGGGACGGAAACAACGGUAGCGAGAGCAACGAGGAGAGCGAAGAAGAAAGAGAGAGAAGUCCCGGCAGAGCGUUAUACGAUAAAGCCGGUAAACUUCGUAGAAUGAAGCAUGAGAGGUCAAAAGGCAACGGUGACGGAUUAGGUCCCAAUCUCCGUAACGUUGUUCUCAUCGGCAUGCUGAUGCUGCUGAUGAUGUUUACCGUGCACUGCACGUGGGUGACCAGCAAUGCUUACUCUAGUCCAUCUAUCGUUUUGGCAUCCUACAGUAACGACGGCGGUAGGGCUAUACUGGACGAUUUUCGAGAGGCUUAUUAUUGGUUAGCCCAAAACACGGCCAAUGACGCGAGAGUCAUGAGCUGGUGGGAUUACGGAUACCAGAUUGCUGGUAUGGCUAACAGAACUACCCUCGUAGACAAUAAUACAUGGAAUAAUUCGCACAUAGCUCUGGUCGGUAAAGCGAUGAGCUCGAACGAAAGUGCUGCUUACGAGAUCAUGACGUCCCUGGAUGUGGACUACGUGUUGAUCAUUUUUGGCGGGAUGAUUGGAUAUAGUGGUGACGAUAUCAACAAAUUCUUAUGGAUGGUCCGUAUCGCCGAGGGCGAACAUCCCCAGGACAUUCGCGAGAGUGAUUAUUUCACCGAAAGGGGGGAAUUCCGCGUUGAUUCUGAAGGCUCCCCAACUCUACUGAACUCACUGAUGUACAAGCUGAGUUACUACCGGUUCGGGGACGUUAAAAUAGACUAUCGGUCGCCUUACGGUUACGAUCGUACUCGUAAUGCGGAAAUAGGCAAUAAGAACUUCCAGUUAACAUAUCUGGAGGAAGCUUACACCACUGAACAUUGGCUUGUCAGGAUUUACAGGGUGAAGAAACCAGCGGAGUUUAAUAGACCAAGAAUUCCGAUUUCCGAGCGAGUUAUCACACGCCGUGCGAAUUCGUAUAUUAGCAAAAAGAAUGCACGGCGUAAGCGAGGUUUCAUAAAAGGCCGGCCAGUUGUUAUUAAAGGACAGAAACCUCAACGACGAACGACGUAACGAAGAUUCGCUGACUAUUUCAUAAACAGUUUGCAAAUACAACUUUUGUAAUAAAAGAAUUACCGUCCCUUGGGUCUACCACAAACUAUACCUCGAACUAAGAAUUUAAUGUCGUCAGAACAGUUCAACCGACUUGAAGAAUAGAAUAUUCCAAGAAUGACAGUUUUCAUUUUUGUCUCCGGAACAGGUAGACAGAUUGGUAGUCUUAUGAAUAUUGUAUUCACGAAUCUUCUUUCUCAUAAUGUUUUGGUUCAUACGUAUGUAUACAUUGUUAUUCGUCUUUCGUUUACCUAAUCCAUUUUUCGUAAGAGAAAAAUCGUUUGUUAUUGCAUAAUUACAUCAUUUAUUAAUGUAACGAACAUCUUUUUCAAAUUACUACGCAGAUCACACGUAAUCAUCUCCGAUAUAAUUGAGUAAAUAAAUUUCGAGAUGAAUAUAUAUUUAUUAGAGCAAAUCACACAAAUGUACAUUUUUUCUUUUUUUCACGUUCUAAGGGAAUUAAAUUCUUCGUUUAAUUAUUUUUCCCUUGAGCCAAUUGUGCAUUUAAUAGUUAAUGAUGUAAAAUAACUUGAAAUUUAUUUGUUAUCAAUUAACAAUUGUAUGGAGGUCUCAAUGUAAAUUGAGAUUCGUAAGGCAUCCUAGUAUAUACACACACGUUUAUGUUACAUAAUAUGUUUUAAUAUAUUACAUGGUAUUUCGUCGGAUGGAGUUUGUCAAAAAAUGAGCGGACUUCUGCCGAUUUUCAGCAGGAACAUCGGAACGAUCGAGCGUGUGUGUCACGUGUACACAGUUUGUUGUAUAGCACCUUGUUGAAAGAUAAACAUUUGUGAUAACACAGUGUUGUUAUUUACAAAAUACGUAUUUCAAA